GCUAGCUAAGCCUUUUCGACGCGCUCGUUCAUAUAUCAUGUCUUCCUUUGUCAAACGUUUCUUCCGUAAAAAAAUAUCCAAAGUCCCUACGCCACCUAAAUGGCGGCCGAGCAGCGCCAGUCACCACUCGAGCUCCGAUGAAGGUUACAUAGCCGAUAGAUGGGAACUUUUAAUGGGCCAAAAUCACUGGGAAGGCUUACUCGAGCCACGACUCGAUAAGGAUCUCCGAAAAACCAUCAUCUACUAUGGUGAGAUGGCUCAGGCAACAUAUGACACCUUUAAUCGAGAUAAAUACUCUAAAUACGCGGGUGCUAGUCGUUUUAAUAAGAAUAACUUCUUCGCCAAGUUAGGUCUUGAUUUAGGUCACCCUUAUAAGUACCGUGUUACGAAAUUCUUUUAUGCAACUUCUGGGGUAGAAGUUCCUGAUGCCUUUAUAUUCAAGCCAUUCUCGUCGAUCGAGCCAUGGAGUAAGGAUACGAAUUUUAUGGGAUACAUCGCGGUGGCGGACGAUAAGUCUGUGGAGUUGUUGGGAAGGAGGGAGAUUGUAGUGGCAUGGAGAGGGAGUGUUGAAUUCUUAGAAUGGUUAAAUGAUUUUCAAAUGUUUCAAGUUUCAGCAUCUGAUAUUUUUGGGCAUGAUGGUGAUGGGGAUGGGGAUGGUGGUGUGCCUGAGGUUCAUCAAGGGUGGCACUCUAUCUAUACAACUCAGAAUUUGUCUUCUCCCUUUGACAAGACUAGUGCAAGGGACCAGGUUCUAACAGAGCUGACAAAACUAGUGGAACAAUACAAGCACGAAGAGAUCAGCAUAACAGUGACAGGCCACAGUCUUGGCGCAGCCCUCGCAACAUUAAACGCAGCCGACAUUGUUGCUAACAAAAUCAACCACCCAAAAAACUCACCAAAAUCCAAACCGUGCAAAGUUACGGCCAUACUAUUUGCUAGCCCUCGAGUCGGAGAUUCAAACUUUAAAAAGACAUUGUCAAAAUACGACGAUCUAAGAAUCUUACGUGUUCGAAACGCACAAGACUUCGUACCUAAUUAUCCUUUAAUCGAUUAUACCGAUGUCGGGAAGGAACUGAUGAUUGAUACAACUGAAUCGGCGUAUUUAAAAAACCCGAGGCUUCUUUCUGUAUCUCAUAACCUCGAGGUUUACUUGCAUGGUGUGGCGGGGAGUCGAGGGAGUGAAGAAGGGUUUAAGUUGGUUGUGGAACGUGACGUGGCGCUUUUGAAUAAGUUUUAUGAAUUUUUGAAAGAUGAAUAUCUUGUUCCGGUUGGUUGGUGGGUUCUUAAAUAUAUGGGUAUGGUUCAACAGCCUGAUGGUUCUUGGGUGUUGAUGGAUCAUGAAAUGGAGGAUGAUGAAUUGAUGAUUAAGUAACAUUACAAUACUUCUAUCCUAAAAAAAAGGAUCUUUCUCAUUUUACUUGUCCUAUUUUGACCAAAAAGCUCUCACAAAAAUUGGCCAAAAUGGGUAACUAAAAUGAGACCAAAGGAGUAUGGUGUAUGGUUUUCAAUGAAACUCGAUCGUACUUGUCCUAUUUUGACCAAAAAGCUCUCACAAAAAUUGGCCAAAAUGGGUAACUAAAAUGAGACCAAAGGAGUAUGGUGUAUGGUUUUCAAUGAAACUCGAUCGUUGAAGAUCGCUUAAUUAAUGUUUAUGUAUUGUGUUUGUGUGUUAUUGUACGUAUUACUUUCGGGUAUAGCUAUGAUCUGA